AUGAGAUUAACAGUUGGAGGAGCACGUUUCUUCUCCAGUACGAGAGCCGCAGCCGGGAAAGCUGGGUGCAACACCGUUGCGCCUGUUCACCAUACCGUUAAGAUUGACAAGAACAGGCUGUCACCACGGUUCCCAGGGCUUCAGCAUAGUAAAUUGGACAUCAGACACCCUGGGUAUAAGCCUACAAGCACGUAUCAGGAUAGAGUUGCUGAGUACUACAGCAACUCCGUGCAGUCCGAUCUGUUGCUCAUCAACGCACAACACGGUGAGUCGAGACAGCCUGGUUAUAAGAGAAGAGAAUGGGACGGGUCCUCACCUUUCCAUCUCAACAGAUCUCUUAGAAAGCCAAAGGGGUCUGACGCUGAGACGCCAGACAUAAAGCCGCACAGCGCGGCCAACGUCCCAAAGAUCGAGGCGAUUCACAUCAACUGCUACGUGGAGCAGGCAAAGGACAACGUGAACCAUGCAAUCUCUGCGCUUGUCCAAUUACAACAGAUCACCGGAGUGAAGCCAAAACCGAUAUACUCCAAGACGAACGUCUUACACUGGAGAGUGCGUGCCGGGUAUCAGAUGGGUGCCAGCGUUGUGCUGAAGGGACGUCCUAUGCACCAGUUUAUAGCGACACUGACGGAAGUUGUCUUUCCAAGAAUUAGAAUGUUCAAAGGUGUUUCAAACAAAUCCGGUGAUACUUUGGGUGAUAUUCAAUUUGGUUUGAGACCAGAUGACGUGAAGUUCUUCCCAGAGAUUGAGCAAAAUCAGGAUAACUGGUCAAAGACAUACGGAUUCCAUGUUAACGUUGUCACGUCUGCUCAGACUGAUGCCGAGGCUAGAACUUUGUUAAGUGCCUACGGUAUCCCAUUCUAUGGUUCUGAAAAGGGUGUCAAGCCAGAAAACGUUGAGUACUAA